AUGAGUUUGCCUAUGGUUACUGUAGCUUCAGUAUCAUCUGAUGAUGUUCGAGAUUUACUCGAUCGGCCACGAUCCACAAUGACUGCUUCACAGCGAACAAACAAAGAAUUAAGACGACUAGGUGCUAAACGACAACAAGCACCUGGUGAUGAACCGUCACCAAAACGGAAACGAAAACCAAAAAGAUUUGCCGAUGACAAUUAA